CAGAAAUUACAUCCGGAAGCCAUGCGAGCCAUGAGCAAUUUGGAUCCUUCAUGGGACGCGUCAAGCCUAAAGGAUCCAAGACGAAAGAGCAGGAUGGGCCAUCUCGGUUUGACGCCUGGGCAGACAUCUCCCAGUCCUUCCAACAGCCACGAUGGAAGAUGUACGAGUUGGAGUUUGAAAAAGGGAGGGAUGAGAAGGUGCAGGUUUUUGGACACUACAUUGUCGCAACCGGAGAUGAAAUUUGGUGUAUUGGAGGGUUUCGGCCAUGCGAGCGAGCCAAAAUAUCCUUAUUAAAGUUGAAGCUACAUUCCAAGUGCUGGGAUGACUUGACACCGCCGGACAAUGCAAUAGCACCGGCUUGGAGGUGGGGGCACUCUGCCUGUGUGAUAGGCAAGCAAGUCGUGCAGAAGCAGGUGAUCUCAAGCAUUUUGCUUUGCGGAGGGUUCAACAAGAAUUGCAAUCAUGAUGACGUUUGGCACUUCUGUCCGAAGGAGAAAGUCUUUACUGAACCGCAAGCCAGCCUCCAGCGAUUGCCUUUUCAUGGGGCCUACCAUUCGCUCGCUUAUGACUCUUUCUCAGAGGAGGCAUACAUUUUUGGUGGCCAAUGCUGCGUUGGUGGCCCCUAUGUCUAUUCUGAUCGUGUAUUGAUUGCCCAGAUGCGCCGCCACCGGCGUGGCUGGCAGGAACUCCGCACCUCUGGAGUGAAGCCUCCAGCAAGAGCACAGCAUGCAGCUGUUAUUGUGGAAAGCGGAACCAUGAUCAUUUAUGGUGGAGCGAACUCAUCUUCGACUCUACACGACGUUUGGACACUGGACUUGCGAAAGGCUCCGCCCCAAUGGAGCGAGGUCCGCACCUCCAGUCAAGCGCCUUUCGUUUCCCGCUUUUUCACCCCACGUGACUUCGAGGUAGUCUCCAGCCGUCCCCAAAUGGCAUCACAUGGCUCUGGCGUCAUCGUUGUUGGGGAAGGCCGAGGACAUUGCUUGUCCCUGUGGGCGCUGCAGUUGGGCAGGUGGCAUUCAUUGCCUGCCGCUGGGGCACCCACUUGGGCUGGGAACUUUGCGGCGACGUUUCUUGGCGACACCUGCUCGACCACACAGAAUAGAGGAACGAGACUUUUGGUCUUUGGUGGUGAGAACUGUCGGGGUCAGUGUGGAGGACUUCCAGGUGGUGCACUUCACCAUGGAGGACUUUGGACACUCGAUCUCAUACUGAAGCCCUCGAAUGUUCUACAGAGGACCCUGAGGUGUGCCUUGCAAGGCUCCAAAACUUGUCUUUCCGAAGAGGCUUUCGAGGCAGUGGAGCUGGGGGUGAAGUUUCCACAUGUUCCCACCGGUAUGUUGGACAGAGCAGGCCAUCCUGGGCUUUUGUAUGGUGAAUUUGGUGGACUUGCUGACAGCAGAGCAGAGUAGUCUGAGUAGUCAGAAAACACAAGAAAAAAG